AUGUGCGAUAGCCUAAAGAGCGACUACCAACUGUGCGAAGAGCUUGGCCGUGGUAGAUUCGGCGUAGUCUACCGCUGCUUCUCUCAUUUUUCUGGCGAGUCUUUUGCCUGCAAAUCCAUACACAAGAAUUCCCUUUCCGACGACUCCAUCGACCGUCAGUGCCUAGACAAGGAGCCCAAGAUUCUUCAGCUCCUUUCUGGCUGUCCCAAUAUCCUUCAGCUGUACGAGAUCUAUGAAGAUGAUGAUUAUCUGCAUAUCGUGACGGAUUUGUGCGACGGAGGUGAUUUGUACGACCGGGUUUCGUUGGGAACGCCGUUUACUGAACAGGAGGCGGCGGCGGUUUUGAAGCAGUUGAUGAUUGCUAUUAGUUGUUGUCAUCGCUUGGGGAUUUCCCAUAGAGACAUCAAGCCGGAUAAUAUUUUGUUUGAUUCUGCCGGCCGGUUGAAGCUGGCGGAUUUUGGAUCCGCUGAGUGGUUUGGUGUUUCCGAGGAGGGGCUUAUGACAGGGGUAGUGGGGACACCGUACUACGUUGCCCCUGAGGUGCUGAUGGGGAGAGAGUACAAUGAGAAGGUGGAUGUAUGGAGUGCCGGAGUGAUUUUGUACAUCAUGCUUAGUGGGGUGCCGCCCUUCUAUGGGGAGGGGCCGGCCGAGACUUUCGAGGCGGUUUUGAGGGGUAAUUUGAGGUUUCCAUCUAGGAUUUUCCGGUCGAUUUCGCCGGAUGCCAAGGAUCUGUUGAGGAAAAUGAUUUGCCGGGAUGUUUCCCGGCGACUGUCUGCCGAUCAAGUCCUGAGACAUCCAUGGAUCAUUAGUGGAGGAGACACCAGAUCAGUUUCUGAUCAGACCUGA